AUGUUCGCAGGCCUCGCUCACGUCAAUAUUACCGUGCCAGAAGGCACGUUAGACUCAGCAUAUGAGUUUUACGUCAACACGGUAGGGCUGACACCAAGCCCCGUGCCAGCUCUUCAAAAAGACUCUCUGGCCUGGUUCAAUAUUGGGUCUUCAGGCCAGCAGGUCCAUGUUGCUCUCGGGGCUAAUCUCGAACUUGACCACAAACGUCAUCCUUGCUUCAAGCUGGAAAAUAAAGAGUCUCUCAUCGAAUUGCAGCAUAAGAUAUGGAAGCAUUUUGAAGCUGGUGGUGCGGCUGCUCCGUUGGCAAUUGACAAGCCUGGGGAGGCGAAUUCCGGUGCGAAAGGUGUCGAAUACCCCGAUCGCUUCUUUGCACGAGACUUUGCCGGCAACAGAUUAGAAUUCAGCUUGGACAUCUUCACGCUCCAUUUCGUCCAUUUCAUCUACUACUCCUACGAUAUUCCGGGUUUCAAGAACAGAAUGGGCCGAACAGAGCCGUCGGUCGGCAGGCCACCUGCUGCAUUCCGCAAAGAUGCACGGGCGAAAAAGGCCAAAGCGACCAUCAACCAGCUCAUCCCAUCCUUGCUGGUCACCCAUCCUCAUGCCCGCAGCGGGAUCAAUGCAGCAGAACUCAUCGUCGACCCUCCCCGCUCUACCAAUACGCAACCCCGAACCUCCCAGAGCCAGAGCGCGGGGGCAACUGAGCAGCCGGAUUGCGCACCAGGCCAGAUCGCAGUAUCUCUGGAGGUUGCAGAUACAUUGACAGUCGCCCGGCGGCUGCUGACCCAGGAGGCGGCACAAGAGACAGACGUCCCGGAUCUGAGCAACAAAUCCUCAAGGGUGGCGGUUCUCAACAUGGCAUCGCCUUUGUCUCCGGGGGGCGGCUUCUUAAAUGGAGCGACAAGCCAAGAAGAAUCCCUUUGCAUGCGGACUACGCUGCUCCCCUCUCUCAAAGACGAAUAUUAUCGCCUGCCUGAGGUCGGCGCCAUCUACACCCCAGACGUCCUCGUCUUCCGGGAGGCCGACUCGGAUGAUCUUCUGAGUCCCAAGGAACGUUGGUUUGUCGAUUGCAUAAGCGCGGCCAUGCUUAGAGGACCCGAAACGGAUCUUGAUGAUAUGGGCCGUGGAUCCUACACCAAUGACAAGGACCGCGAACAGGUCAUUCGCAAGAUGAGGAUGGUUAUGCGCAUCUGUUGCGACAAGGGUGUCAAGAAAUUGGUGUUGGGGGCUUGGGGUUGUGGUGCGUAUGGGAAUCCGGUUGGAGAGAUUGCCAAAGCUUGGAGGAAAGUAUUGAUGCCUGGUACUGGGACAUCUCAUCCGCAGAAACGAAAGGCCAAGAAAAAUGAAGAGACGUGGGAGGGAAUCAAAGAAAUUGUAUUCGCGAUCAAAGAACCAGGCCUGGCGGACGCCUUUGCCGUAGCGUUUGGGGAUGGGAUAGUUCGCAUCAAUGAUAAUAACGACGAAGUAGAGGAAGGAGAAAGUGAUGAGGAUGACGGAAAAGAGAAUGGACAAGACGAGGAAAGCAACGAGCUCUUGGCUCAGAUUCGACAGCUGGAAUUGCGCGUUGAAGCAACUCAUAGCCCCCAACUCAAAACCCAACUAUCCUCGGUGCUUGACGGACUAAGAAGCCGAUUGAAAGAUGAAUAA